AUGGACCACUGCAAAGCCAUUGGCCUGCACCUUCCCCUUCACUCCAUCUCCGUCCUCGAUAGACCAACGGUCCUUGUCGGCUUCGCCAGUGCCUUUUUGUUCCUCCCAGCUUUUAGGACUGUCAAUUACUCGCGCAAGCAGUCCAAAGAGCGGGAAGGUAUCCCCGGCCCCUCUGGAUGGCCCUUUAACCGGAGUGGGCUGACUCUGUCGGCCCGCCCACGAGAACUGUUAAACUCCUGGACGGCCCAGUUUGGAGAUGCCUUCAAGGUACGCGUGCGGUGGUACAACUGGAUGUUUUUCAACAAUGACAUCCAGCUGUCGCUCGGCACCAUUCUAGAGGGCGUGAAGCUUAAGAAGCUUUCUGAUGCUGCGAUGGAUGAGUUGGCACAUCUUGUUUCUCAGCGCAAGGUCGUUUCCUUACCCGACCGAGAUCUAAUUGAUGAUGGUCCUGGUGCCCAGGAAAAUUUCAUGAGAUAUCUUGGAAAGCUCAACUACCAGCCUGUCUCAGGAAUUGUCAAGGACCAUCGAGGUUCCACAUCAUCCACCGUGAUGGAAAUAAGAAUGAGAUAG